GCGGCACGACUUCUACCGCCGGGACCAGAAAGAGGGUGAGAGCAUCGGCGAUUUCGUGGCGGAUCUGCGGAAUCUGGGGGGCAUGUGCGGCUUCACGGAUAUGGACGAGGCGCUACGUGACCGCGUCAUCCUUGGGCUCAAAGAACCCGUUCUACAGAGCUGGCUGAUGGCGAGGGGCGACAUCUCCCUCACAGACGCCCUCGCCGAGGCAACCGCAGCCGAGGCAACCCGGAAGUCCGCAGCCCGAAUGCGACGAAUUGACGGGGCAGAUCGACCCGCGACCACCGAGGCGACCCAAACACCUGAGACACUCCCAGAGACGAACGGCCGAGCGACCACCACCACCCAUCAUGGCGACCUUGACUCCCUGUCCGACACCACCGAUGAAGAGGAGGACAUCCACCGACUCCAAGCGGAAAGAGACCGGCGCGAGCGACGGAGUCCCCCCGACGGCCAAACAGCAGUGGCCGAAGACGAGACAGCACCCCCCCCGGGCAAGAGACCGCCAAGCCGAGAGCCAGUGGAGCCGAGAGGGACGGACCGACGAAACGGCGAGAACCGACAAAGAGAAGAGACCCAUCAGACGGUCAUCAUCAGCCAUUCGUCCAGCUGGGAUGCCCGCAAGGACGCCGCACUCGCUCUCCUCAACCCCUGGAGCUCGCAGGUCGCGGAGAGGCUGCGGGAGAGUCCGGCGGGGGGACAUCCAGACGUGCCCCGGAUCGGGAACCUCGGAGCCCUCGGAAGCCUUUGCAAGCCAGGAUCUCCUCGGCGGGGGAAGGAAGGAAGGAAGCAGAAGGACCGGCAGGGAUCCGUCCUGCGGCCCCAGAAAUGGUCCCGUGAAGGAAGAGGCCCCCGGAGAUCCCCCCGGAGUCCCCGGAGCCCUUUGGAGCUGCUCUGCCGGGGAGAGAGGAAGGAUGGAGAGACCCCCCCUUUGGCCAAGGAGGGGAGCGGAAAAGGCCCCGCGGCUCUUCAGCCUGGGAGCUGUGGGGAGAGCUGGGCCAGAACCGGGCAGGAGGUCCUGCAGGAGGGAACCCUCCUCCCUCCAGAACUUCCCCCCUGGACCUCCAUCCGAUACCGGGAGGCUGAGGGUCCCCGAGGACUUUGCAGCCGACUCCGUGACUUGUGCAGGCGAUGGCUGAGCCCAGGAAAGCACAGCAAAGCCCAGAUGCUGGACCUGGUGGUUCUGGAGCGGCUCCUGGCUCUCCUGCCCCCAGAGAUGGAGGGCUGGGUGCGGGAGUGUGGAGCAGAGAGCAGCUCCCAGGCGGUGGCCCUGGCGGAAGGCUUCCUGCUGAGCCAGGCGGAGGAGCAGAAGGAGCAGCUCCAGGGGCAGAAGUGCUGCAGUGUGGAGAUCAGAGAUCCUGAGGGAAAGAAGAACCCAUCAAAUCCCCCUCGGGAGCUAUUUUUCAGGAAGAUCCCUUGGGAAGAUCCAAGACAGGACCCCUCAGGAGAGAAACAAAGAAUGAAGAUUUCUGGUUUUUAUGAGGGAAAUCAAACAGCAGUUGAACCUCCAAAUCAAGAGGGUCUUGUGUCCUUCGAGGAGGUGGCUGUGUAUUUCUCUGAGGAGGAAUGGUCUCAGCUGGAUCCUGACCAGAAAGCGCUGCAUUCGGAAGUCAUGCUUGAAAACCAUAGGAACGUGGUCUCUCUGGGUAAGAUUUUUCUAGUCCCCAAUCAGGAAGAGAGAUUAUAAUUAGUUUUUUAUUAAAGAAAACACUAAUCAAAUAUUGUCUCCUGGGAGGGAGAAGGAAAGGAUCUGGCCUUGUCGUGCUCCAAGGAAGGAAAGAGUCAAUGUCUCUUUCCUUAGAUGUUUUCUCUGCCAUUUCUUACCUGUGUUUUUUUCCAUUUCUAUUUGAACUUAUCUGUGGAGGCUGAAACGAAUGAGGUGUACUUUUAUGUGGAGGUCAUGUGAGAGGAGUGUGUUGUCAUUUCUCCUCU